AUCAGAGCAGUGUCAGAGAGGGAGUGCUGAAGAUCACACUGCACUUCCUGAAGAACAUGAACCACAUGGAUCUCGCUCACACACUGCGCUACAAACACGUCUCUGUGUAUCGGCAAAAGCUGAAAUCCAACCUGAGAGAGAAGUUUAAAAGAGUUAAUGAAGGAAUCUCACAGCAUGGAAGCUCAGCUCUUCUGAAUGAGAUCUACACAGAGCUCUACAUCGCAGAGGGUUGGAGUGGAGACGUCAAUAAAGAACAUGAGGUGAGACAGAUUGAGACGGCGUCCAGGAGACCAGCAACACAGGAGACACCCAUCAAAUGUAAGGAUCUCUUUAAAGACACGUCCAUCAGAAGUGUGCUGACUAAAGGAGUUGCUGGAAUUGGAAAAACAGUCUCUGUGCAGAAGUUCAUUCUGGACUGGACUGAAGGAGAAGCGAAUCAGGACGUCACCUUCAUGUUCCCACUUCCCUUUAGAGAGCUGAAUCUGAUGAAGGAGAGAAAUCUCAGUCUGAUGAAUCUUCUUCAUCACUUUUUCCCAGAAAUGAAAGAAUUACGAUUCAUAGACUGUGAUAUGAACAAAGUCCUGUUGAUCUUUGAUGGUCUGGAUGAGUGUCGACUUCCUGUAAAUUUCCAGAACAAUGAGAGAUUGUGUGAUGUGACAGAGUCGGUCUCAGUGGAUGUGCUGCUGACAAACCUCAUCAAAGGGAAUCUGCUUCCCUCUGCUCUCCUCUGGAUAACCUCUCGACCAGCAGCAGCCAAUCAGAUCCCUCCUGAGUGUGUAGACCAGGUAACAGAGGUACGAGGGUUCAGUGAUCCUCAGAAAGAGGAGUACUUCAGGAAGAGGAUCAGUGAUCAGAGCCUGGCCAAUAAAAUCAUUACACACAUGAAGUCUUCAAGAAGCCUCUACAUCAUGUGCCACAUCCCAGUCUUCUGCUGGAUCUCAGCCACUGUUCUCGAGAGAAUGUUGGCUGAAGCAGAGAGUGGAGAGAUCCCCAAGACUCUGACUCAAAUGUUCACACACUUCCUGAUCUUUCAGAUCAAACACAAGGAGCAAAAGUACCAUCAGAAAUGUGAGCCUGAUCCUCAGCAGACCAGAGCAAGUAUCCUGGCACUGGGAAAACUGGCUUUCCAACAGCUGGAGAAAGGAAACCUGAUCUUCUAUGAGGAAGACCUGAGAGAGUGUGGCAUUGAUGUGAGAGAAGUGUCAGUGUACUCAGGAGUGUGUACCCAAAUCUUCAGAGAGGAGUUUGGGCUUCACCUGGGGAAGGUGUUCAGCUUCAUACAUCUGAGUGUUCAGGAGUUUCUGGCUGCUUUAUACGUCUUUCUCUGUUUUAUUUUUAGAAAGAGAAAUGUGCUCAUGGAUCAAAGGACUGGGCUUUUUAAUUUCUUAAUAAAGUCAAACAUAUCUGAUUUCCUCAGGAGUGCAGUGGACAAGGCUUUACAGAGUGAGAAUGGACACCUGGACCUGUUCCUCCGCUUCCUUCUGGGUCUCUCACUGGAGUCCAAUCAGACUCUCUUACGAGACCUACUGCCCCAGACAGGAAGUAGUGCUCACAGCAAACAGGAAACAGUCGAGUACAUCAAGGAGAAGAUCAGGGAGAAUCCAUCUCCAGAGAAAUCCAUCAAUCUGUUCCACUGUCUGAAUGAACUGAAUGAUCAUUCUCUAGUGCAGGAAGUACAAUGUUACCUGAACAGAGGAGAUUCCAGUCGUCUCAGUGGAGUCAGUCUCUCUCCUGCUCAGUGGUCAGCUCUGGUGUUUGUGUUACUGAACUCAGAACAGGAGCUGGAUGAGUUUGAUUUGAGUAAAUAUGACUCAUCAGAGAAAUGUUUUCUGAAGCUGCUGCCAGUGGUCAAAGCCUCCAGAAAAGCUGAUCUGCGUGGGUGUAAACUGACAGAGGAAAGCUGUAGAGUUCUGUCCUCAGUUCUCAGCUCAAACUCCUCCAGACUGAGAGAACUGGACCUGAGUAACAAUAACCUGCAGGAUUCAGGAGUGACGCUGCUCUCUGCUGGACUGGAGAAUCCACACUGUACACUGGAGACACUGAGUCUGUGUGGGUGUAAUCUGACAGAGGAAAGCUGUAGAGUUCUGUCCUCAGUUCUCAGCUCAAACUCCUCCAGACUGAGAGAACUGGACCUGAGAGCCAAUAACCUGCAGGAUUCAGGAGUGAAGCUGCUCUCUGCUGGACUGGAGAAUCCACACUGUACACUGGAGACACUGAGUCUGUGUGGGUGUAAUCUGACAGAGGAAAGCUGUAGAGUUCUGUCCUCAGUUCUCAGCUCAAACUCCUCCAGACUGAGAGAACUGAACCUGAGUAACAAUAACCUGCAGGACUCAGGAGUGAAGCUGCUCUCUGCUGGACUGGAGAAUCCACACUGUACACUGGAGACACUGAGGUUGUCUGGCUGCAGGAUUACAGGUGAAGGUUGUGCUGCUCUGGUUUCAGCUCUGAGGUCAAAUCCCUCAUCGCACCUGAGAGAACUGGAUCUGAACUGCAAUAAUCCAGGAGAAUCAGGAGAGAAGCUGCUCUCUGAUCUACUGAGGGAUCCACACUGUACACUGGAGACACUACAAUUGUAGUUUUCAUCCUGAUCUGAUCUGAGUCUCACACACAGAGGAUGAUGAGGAUAAACCCUUACAGUACAAAGUGAUUUGAAAAUCAUCAUCAUUUAGUGAUAAUCAGAUGUGUACAACAUGUCAGCACUUCCACUUCUCUAGUUGUUUGUAAAAAUACACCAGCUGAGAUAGAUAAACUUUAACUCAACAGUCAAAUAUUUUCUUAUAUCUUUUACAGCAAAACAGAAACUGUUAAUGCACAUCGAACAUCAUUUAAUAGUUUUGUAUGUACAGUAUGCUUCUGUUUUUCCAUUUACAUGCAGCAGAAGGUCACAUUUAUGUUUAAAACACAUCAUAAAUAUCUUAUAGUAUCAGUUCACUGCAGUAAUUUGAUCAUUGCGCAAAGUUACACACUGUUUAUAACUGCGUAAAGUAAAUUAUUUUCCUCCUGGAGUUGU